AUGGCCUUUGCCGGCCAAACACCCACAAUUAUUGUGUUGAAAGAGGGGACGGAUGCUUCACAAGGAAAAGGUCAGAUCAUCUCGAAUAUCAAUGCUUGCGUUGCGGUGCAGUCGACCAUCAAAAGCACUCUUGGCCCGUACGGAGGCGACUUGCUUCUUGUCGACUCCAACGGCAAGCAAACCAUCACAAACGAUGGCGCAACUGUGAUGAAGUUACUGGACAUCGUCCACCCCGCAGCCCGUAUUCUCACCGAUAUUGCUCGCUCGCAAGACGCCGAAGUUGGCGACGGAACAACCUCAGUCGUCGUUUUGGCCGGAGAAAUCCUCAAGGAGGUCCGGGACUCUGUCGAGCAAGGUGUCAGCACGCAGACAAUCAUCAAGGGUCUUCGACGAGCGGGUGCUAUGGCCGUCAACAAAAUCAAGGAAAUUUCGGUCGAUAUGUUGGAUGCUGCAAGUAGUGAGGAGAAGAAGAUCGAGACUUUGAGACGUCUUGCUGGAACGGCUAUGAACAGUAAAUUGAUUAAGAGGAACUCGGGCUUUUUUACGAAGAUGGUCGUCGACGCCGUCUUGUCCCUCGACCAGGAUGACCUCAAUGAAAAACUCAUCGGCAUGAAAAAAGUUCACGGUGGUGCUCUCCAAGAUUCGCUUUUUGUUGAUGGUGUCGCUUUCAAAAAGACCUUCUCAUACGCCGGUUUUGAGCAGCAACCUAAAUCCUUCAAGAACCCCAAGAUUGUUUGCUUGAAUGUCGAAUUGGAGCUUAAGAGUGAAAAGGACAAUGCAGAGGUACGAGUGGAACAGGUCUCUGAAUAUCAGGCUAUUGUGGAUGCGGAGUGGCAGAUUAUCUACAAUAAGUUGGAGGCUCUAUACAAGACUGGUGCGAAGGUUGUGCUGAGCAAGUUGCCCAUUGGCGAUUUGGCUACACAGUACUUCGCCGACCGUGAUAUAUUCUGUGCUGGCCGUGUUGCUUCAGAGGACAUGGAGCGAGUCUGUCAGGCAACCGGGGCCUCCGUACAAUCCACCUGCUCCGACAUCCAGGAACGACAUCUCGGAACAUGCGGUGCCUUUGAGGAGCGACAAAUUGGUGGCGAGCGCUUCAACUUCUUUUCAGAAUGUCCUGCCGCCAAGACAUGUACGCUUGUCCUGCGCGGUGGUGCAGAACAAUUCAUCGCCGAAGUCGAGCGAAGUUUGCACGAUGCUAUCAUGAUUGUCAAGCGAGCGAUCCGCAACCCAACCAUCGUUGCUGGCGGUGGUGCCUGCGAAAUGGAACUAUCGGGUUACCUCCACGGCUUCGCCGACCGCAACGUCCCCCACAAAGAGCAAGCGGUCGUCAAGGCAUUCGCCAAGGCUCUUGAAGUCAUUCCUCGACAGCUCUGUGACAACGGCGGCUUUGACGCAACCGACAUUCUGAACCGGCUACGUACUGAGCACCGGAAGGGCAACGUCUGGGCUGGUGUGGACUUUGAUCACGAAGGAAUUCGGGAUAAUAUGGAGGCUUUUGUAUGGGAGCCUAGUCUGGUGAAAGUCAAUGCUAUUCAGGCUGCUGUAGAGGCUGCUUGUUUGAUUUUGAGCGUUGAUGAGACUAUUAAAAAUGAAGAAUCUGCUAAACCCCAAGCUCCGACACGAGGUCUACCACCCGGUGCAGCUCAACGGGCACUUGGUGGCGGACGUGGACGAGGCAUGCCCAGACGAUGA